UCGUUCAUCUAUCAUCAUUCUAUCAAAUUCCGCAAUUAUUGCAAUAAAUAAUUUGUUGUGCAUUGUUAAAAUAGCCAUUAAAAUAUGACUCACUUCUCUAUGCGCUGUAGAGUGAACAAAAAAACAUAAAAAAAAUUUAUGUCUCUUUGUUGGUGAAAAAAGUUGCAUUCGAUAUAAGUAAUUCUGAGCGAAGGAAUUAAAUGAAUUGAUAAACCGUGUGUUAAUUGAUGUGAAUUCGGUUUUAUUGUAAUUUUUUGUGUACUUUGUGCGUUAUGUCUCGGGGGCUCACCAACUCAUCAAGCGGCUUUCGAGCUCUCCGAGACUAUGGCAGCACAUCAACGGUACCAGAGGUGAACUUCGCUGGCUUCAGUCCAACAGAGUUUAUGUCGUUGAGCGAAAGCAUUGCCCAGAAUAUUGGUUCGGUUAAGUCCAGCUGGCAACACUUGGAAAAGGCCAUCAAAAUAAUCGGAACGGCAAGGGACAAUUUGAGCACCAGAGAAAAAGUACAUCAAAUCCAAUCAACGACAAAUGGCAAAAUUCAAACCACAAGUAAGGAUCUUCAGCGUCUCACCGUGGUGGUCAGGCAUGGAGAUAAGCAACAACGAUUGCAGGUGGAAAAAUUGACGUCUGAUUUUAAGAAUGUAGUGGAAAUGUAUUCAUCCAGUCAAAAGCAAAUUGCGGCAAAGAUGAAAGCAAUUUUCUUGACAAAUGCGUCUCAAAACGAUGACAUUCAUCGUGACUCAGAGAAUGGCAAUGAGAACGACCGGCAGCAGCAACUGCAGAAGCAGAAAAUGUUGCGCGAAAAUUUGGAAUUCGAACAAGGCAUGUUGGUCGAACGUGAACAACGUGUCCAACAAAUCGAAGCGGAUGUUUUAGAUGUCAAUGAAAUUAUGCGUGAUUUGGCGACGUUGAUCAAUCAACAAGGUGAACAAAUCGAUUCAAUCGAAAGUGGCAUUGAUCAUGCAGCUGGCGAAGUUGAAGCCGGCACAUCUGAAUUGAUAAAGGCUGCUCAAAGCCAGGCCAAAUAUCGUCGUAAAGUGCUAAUUUUACUGGCCAUUGCUGUGAUAAUAGGUUUAAUUGUAACUGGAAUUAUUGUAUCCGCAUUAAAGAGCUAAGUUUAAAUGUUGGCGGUAAGAAUAAAAAGGUGAAGAAAAUUCGUAAUUUCUUUUUGUUCUUUUUUUUACAUUUUACGUAACGUAUUCUAAGCACAGACACACACAUACAGACACACAACACACAUACAUACAUAGAUAUAUAUUUAUAUUAAAUUGUAUUAAUAAUAUGGAUAAUGAUGGAACAGUACAACAAAAUUUUAUCAUUAUUCGUUAUUUAUAUUAUUAUUUAAAGAUAAUUCAAAGAAAACAAAAAUAAUAAAAAAAUUGAAAUAACAAAA